AUGGCCACAACUGUCUCUCUCUCCAUCUGCUUAGAUAACCAUCCCCACCGCCGCCUCCACCGCCGCCGCCUCUACAGGACAACCAUUCACUCCUAUUCCCACCAAUCACCAUUCUUCACCCCUAAUCACCGGCAACCUCAACACACUUGUGUCAACUUCCCUAAACACCCCCAUCGCAAUUUCACCCUCACACUUUCAUCCUCUUCUUCUACCUCAUCUUCCUCAUCAACACUCCAAAACCCCCUUCCAACUGGACGUUUUCUCACCAACGAAGAGCUCGAAAAGCUCGAAAAUCUCGAUAAAUUCACCUACCACCAUGAAUUGCAAUCCGGGCUGCUUUUAGUGCGUGUGAUGCGUGAAGAAGAAAUGGACAUGGCAGUGACUCUACUGGCGGAAUCCUUUGCGGAAUCGAUGAUGAUAGCAAAGGGGUAUGUGAAAUUGCUGGAGUUUCUGGUGAGGAAUUACUUGAUUGAGAGGAGGGCAAUGAUGCCUCACAGUGCAACACUUCUGGGAAUUUACAGAGAAAAUGAAGAAGAAGAUUUCGAAUUGGCAGGGACUGUAGAGGUGUGUUUUGAUAAAAGGGGUGCUAAUACCAAUCCCCCAACACCAACCCCUCCCAAAAAUUCGCCAUAUAUAUGUAAUAUGGCUGUAAGGAGGCCACUUCGGAGGAGGGGCAUUGGCUGGCAUCUGUUGAAAGCAGGCGAAGAACUUACUUCACAAAUGAGUUCCUCAAGAGAGGUUUACUUGCAUUGUAGAGUAAUCGACGAAGCUCCGUUCAACAUGUAUACAAAAGCAGGGUAUAGUGUUGUUAAGACAGACAGCCUAUUGACCUUGUUGACAUUCCAGAGACGUAGGCACUUGAUGCGUAAAGACCUUCCUAUCCUCUAUCAUGCUUCUGAAAUGGAUAAUCCUGACGAGACACCUCCUUCAUUGCUUAAUGGACUGCGCGGAGGAGUUGAUGAACUAUGCGAUGAAUUGGAGAGCAUAAAAAUCAUUCCUCCAGGAUGCAGAAUUAAUCAGGGGAUCAGAACUUGGGCGAAGCAGGUCUAUCAGCUGCAACCAUUACCAGCUGAUGAGGCGUGGGCUUUAUUUUGUAAGAAAGCAUUCCGAGGAAUGAAGCCCCUAAGGAGUGAAAAAAGAAGAUCAUUUGCUCAAAAAAGUGAAGAUGGUCCGACUGCAGAAAGCAGAAAGUCUGGUUGA